GGUACACUUACAACUAACGCCCGGACAAUUGAGUCGUCGGGACAACAGUUUUGGAUAGACGGAUAGAUUUUAAAAUUGCAACGAUGAAGUUUGGCCACAGUAUAUGCGUGCUGAACGUAGGGGGGACCCGGUACGCCUUCACCAGGGAGGUGAUCAAGGACUUUCCUCUGAGGCGCGUCAGCCGCCUGCACGCGUGCGCCACGGAGAAAGAGGUCCUGGAGCUCUGCGACGACUACGACCAGGACCGCAACGAGUUCUUCUUCGACCGCCACGCACAGGCCUUUUUAUUCAUCAUGCUCUACGUGCGCUCCGGGAAACUUCGCUUCGUGCCCGGGAUCUGCGAGCUGUCCUUCUACACAGAGAUGCUGUACUGGGGACUGGAGAGCGCGCACUUGGACUUUUGCUGUCAGAAACGUCUGGACGACCGCAUGUCCGAGAUCGGCCUGGACACCGACUGUCUCUCCGAGAGUGACUUCCGACUCUCAUCGGGAGAGGAUUCCCAGACCGGCGACGAGACAGCGGAACCCAAGACGGUCCUCUCGGGUCGUGCCAAGUGGUUGGAGAGGAUGCGCCAGGCGAUCGAGGACCCCAACUCCUCCCUCCCCGCGCAGAUCCUGGCCACGGUAUCUGUUAUUUUUGUCAUCACCUCCAUGGUCAUGCUGUGCCUGAGCACGCUGCCAGACUGGGACACAGCCAAGCGCAACACGGUUGAGGAGCACAGGGUCGUGGAGACCGUGUGCAUCAGCUGGUUCACCGCAGAGUGCCUGCUGCGCUUCCUGGUGGCCAGGAACAAGUGGGAGUUCCUGCGGCGCCCGUUGAACAUCAUCGACGUGGUGGCCAUCUCCCCGUACUACAUCACCAUGGUGCUGGCGGGGGCGGGGCUCCCCGGGGGCGGGCUCGGGGUUGCGGGCGUGGCCCUGCGCGUGCUGCGGAUGAUGCGGGUGUUCUGGCUCAUGAAGCUGGCCCGCCACUUCCUGGGCCUGCAGACGCUGGGGCUAACGCUGCGCCGCUGCUACCGCGAGAUGGUCAUGCUGCUGGUGUUUGUGGCGGUCGCCAUGGCGAUCUACAGCGCCCUGGCCCAGCUCCUGGAGCACGGGCUGGACCUGGGCGUGCGCAACCCCGACUACGCCAGCAUCCCGGCGGCCGCCUGGUGGGUCAUCAUCUCCAUGACGACGGUGGGCUACGGCGACGUGUACCCGGUGACGGUGGGGGGCCGGGUGUUGGGGGGUGUGUGCGUGGUGAGCGGGAUCGUGCUCCUGGCCCUGCCCAUCACCUUCAUAUACCACAGCUUUGUUCAGUGCUACCACGAACUCCAGAUGCGCUCUGCCAGGCACGCACGCAGCAUAUCGGCGGCAGAGUUACUGCGAUAACCCAUGAAUAUCAGAGAUUUACA